AUGGAGGAGACACACCAGGGCCAGGCGACGGGCGUCACGGCCGACGCUGAGAAGCAGGACGAGCAGGCCUUCGAGCCGUCGAAGCCACAGACGAGCAACACCAGCGAGAGCAACACCAGCGAGAGCAAGAAGGGCCCCGAGGGCGGCUACGAUGACACGCCCAUACCGCGCAGAGAGCCCGGGUACACAGUCAAGUUCACCUUCCACCGCGCGAACAACCUGCCGCUCGCCGACAUCAACACCCUCUCUGCCGACCCCUUCAUUCUCGCCGAGCUGAUGACCGCCCUGCCCAACCGCCACAAGGAAGACCCGCCGCUGACAUUGCGCACGCGCACAGUGCGCCAGAACACCAACCCGGUGUGGAACCAGGAAUGGAUCGUCGCAAACGUGCCCUCGAGCGGCUUCAAGCUGAAGUGUCGCAUCUACGACGAAGACCCGGCCGAUCACGAUGACCGCCUCGGCAACGUUCACGUCGAAGUCGCUUCGGUGAAUGAGAAUUGGGGAGGCAUCAAGGAGCAGUUGUAUCCUCUGCGAAAGCGCAUGGUUAGCAAGCGCGCAUUCGUGCUGCGCGCUGUCGCAGUCUGCAUACGCAAGGCCGAGCAUAUGAGCGGCACCCUGACAGUCAGCGCAGAAGUGCUAGGGAGAACACAAGACGAGCACGGUGGUCGCGUAUAUACAAUUGGGCCUCAGUUCUGGAUACGGCACUACUCGCCUCUACUGGGCCGUCUGCUGGGCCAGAAGGAGCCGGACGAGUCUGGCAAUGUAUCGCGACGCACUGGUAAGACCAAGGCAGAAAGAUACAACUUCCAGUCGAACCAGCUGCAACUGCGCGGCCCCGUCCCCGAACACAUGUACCACCGCUACGUCGUCUUCAAGCCCUUCGUCAAGAACAUGUUCACAGCGAAGGGCGUACGAGGCUUCAUCCUCUCCAAAGCCCUCCACCACCAGCACGCACGUGUCUACAAUUUCGACCACGCCACCGAAUACAAAGAAUUCCCCGAUCCUUGCAAAGCCUUCACUCAGAAAUUCCUCGAACUCGUCCACUACGACCAGGGCGGGCGAAUCUUCACCUACGUCCUCACCCUCGACGCGCUCUUCCGCUUCACCGAAACCGGCAAAGAAUUCGGCAUCGACAUGCUGUCCAAACACACCAUGCACAGCGACGUCGCAGCCUACAUCGCCUUCUCCGGCGAGUUCUUCAUCCGCCGCCUCAAACACCCGAACAAAUCCCCCGAAGACCCAUCCCAACAAUCCCAUCCGCCGCAGGACAUGGACGGCGGCCCGCCCAAAGAAGAGCCCAAGACCGACCCCUCCUACUACGAACUGAUCAUCGACAACGACAGCGGCACAUACCGCCCAAACGCAAAACUGCUCCCGCAGCUGAAAGCCUUCUUCGAAGCGAACUUCCCCGGCCUGCACAUCCGGACCCUCGACUGCCAGGGCGACGCGGAAAAGAUGGAGCACAUGAAGAACGAGCAGCGCGAGAAGAAGAAGAAAGAGGGUGACCACGUCAUCUACACACAAGCCUCUCGCUCGUCCUCCGUUUCAUCCUCCGAUAUCAGUGAACUCGACCACCUCGAACAGGCCGGCGAGUACCAAGAGAGCCAUCUACGGCACCAAGUCCAGGGUGUUGCGGGCGCAAAGGCGGGCGCGUUGAAGCAUCAUAUGGGCGAUUUUACACCGAGCCAUAAUAAUGAGGGGUGGAGGGGGAAGCACCACGAUGCGAAUGAGGAUAACGAGGAAGUCGAACGGCAGAGGAAAGAGUCGGGACAGAGCAAGGGGAAAGGGAAAAUAGAGCGGAAUGAGGCGGAAGUAAAUCAUCAAGAUUACGUAAACAAUCAUGUUGAACUGAUCACAGCCGGCCCGAUGGCGCAACGGUAG